AUGCUGACUUUAGUGGUUGGACUGCUGUACCUGGUCAGUGGACACGCCGUGCGAGCCCAGGAUGCUACAGGUAGCCGCUUCGUUUGUAACGCCAUCCCCCCGGGCGCAGAGCCAGGUUGCGGGUACGUUUCGUCGGGGAACCGUGUCCAGAGCAGCAGCCCCGUGGAGGACGAGCUGCGGAACACGAUCAUUCAACUCCGGGAGACCACCCUGCAGCAGAAGGAGACCAUCAUGAGCCAGCAGGGAACCAUCAAGGAGCUCAACUCCAAGCUGGCGCGCUGCGAGGCGGCAGCCGACGUGUCGCCGCAGGGCAAGUCCCGGGGUCAGGGCUCCAGGCGGAAGGAGUACGGCAAGAACACCAUGGGGGAUCUGCCCCGCGACCCCAGCGAGACCAUAGACCAGCUUGGCAAGACCAUGCAGAGUCUCAAGGGUCGGCUGGAGAACUUGGAGCAGCAGAGUUUGCGUCUCCCCAGCACAAAUGUGUCGGCUGGAGGUGUCUCUGCCCUGACUCCCUUGCCACCAGAGCUGCGGGAGCUGCUGCGGCAGCGUCUGGGGGCGCUGGAGACCCAGCUCCUUCGGAAGGUGGCUGAGCUGGAGGAGGAGAAGAGCCAGCUCUACAAUGAAACAGCGGCCCACCGCCAGCGUACCGAGAGCGCUCUCAAUUCCCUCCUGGAGAGGAUCACUGAGCUUGAGAAAAGUAAUAAUGCCUUCAAGUCGCCUGAGGAUUUCAAGGUGUCCCUCCCUCUUCGUACUAACUACCUGUAUGGCCGCAUCAAGAAAAGCCUCCCAGAAAUGUACGCCUUCACCGUGUGCAUGUGGCUCAAGUCCAGUGCCAGUCCCGGCAUAGGCACCCCGUUCUCUUAUGGAGUGCCAGGCCAGGCCAACGAGAUAGUCCUCAUUGAAUGGGGGAACAACCCCAUCGAGCUACUGGUUAAUGAUAAGGUGGCCCAGCUCCCCCUGUCAGUGAGUGACGGGCGCUGGCAUCACAUCUGCAUCACCUGGACAACCAGAGACGGUUUCUGGGAGGCGUACCAGGAUGGCGAGCGUCUAGGCACCGGGGACAACUUGGCCCCCUGGCACCCAAUUAAACCUGGAGGGGUGAUCAUCCUGGGCCAGGAGCAGGAUGUCGUCGGAGGCCGUUUUGACGCCACCCAGGCCUUCGUGGGCGAGCUGAGCCAGUUCAACAUGUGGGACAGAGUACUGCGACCUGUGGACAUCAUGGGUCUGGCCAACUGCUCAGCUUACAUGCCGGGCAACGUGGUUCCUUGGAUUGAUGCUAACGUGGAAGUGUUUGGCGGUGCAAGUAAAGCUGCCCUGGAGAUCUGCGAAGAUCGGGCUUUUGAUUCCUAAAGGAUCUACUGUACGGAAUCCAGUACGGCCACUGGGAUUGAGAGGCUAAGUAUUCCGACUGUGUG